UUCCGUUAAUUUUCUGGAUUAAAUAAUCGCGCUAUCAACGGAGACCUAGAGGUCGCCGCCGCUGCCUCCCACGCCGCCGCGGUCUUCUUCCUCUCUCCUUCCAUGGACGAGUUCGCCAGCAGCCCCCGCCGCGUUCGUCGGUGCGUGCUGCCGGAUGAGGAAGACUACCUCAGCGGUCUCUCCGACGAGCUUCUCCACCACAUCCUCUCCUUCCUCCCAACCCGAGACUCGAUCCGCACCUCCCUCCUCGCCCGCCGGUGGCGCCGCGUCUGGACCUCCGUCCCCGCCAUCGACUUCUCCUACACUAACGAGAUAAUUAAUCCCGACACCGUCGGCCGCUUCCUCUCCGCCCGCAGCGACUCUCACUCCGUCUCUCGCCUUCGCCUCCCCGGACUCGGCCUCCAGCGCAUCCAAUCUCCCAUCCGCAACUUGCUCGACUACGCCAAAUCCCACGGCACUCAAGACGCGACCCUCCACUGCUUCUCCUUAGACCCUUCCCUACUCGACGAUCUGCUCCAUUGGCCAUCACUCGCGUCGCUGAAUCUGAAAGCUCUAGGAUGCCAGAACUGCACAUUAGCGUUCAAUUCCAUCGCCCUCAGCAACCUCAGGACCCUUUUCCUCAGACUCGGUGAAGCUGCAAUUCCCAACGAGACCUUGGCUAAGCUGCUCUCAGGCUGCCCUCUUUUAGAAGAACUAAAACUAAAUGCAGAAUAUCCCCAACACGAAACCAUUCAAAUAGAAGCUCCAAAUCUUCUCCGAUUGACUGUGAUUCCUACUCCAAAGAAGCUUCAAAUCAAUUGUCAGAAACUCGUAUAUCUAAAGCUACUGCCCAACCUCAAUUUGAUGCACUUGCACGUCGAAGCUCCCUCCUUGACCUCUGUUCGAUUAUACCAAAUUUGGCUUUUUGGAAAAUUUACUCAGACUCUAUUCAAUGUGAUUAUGACUGCUGUAGUUGUAAUUGUCUUAGAUACAUGUCGUUCAGGCUUUCCUAAAUUCCUGAAACAACGGAAAGGGUUUCCCAUCUUUCACAAACUGCUCCAGUUGGAGAUCAAAAUGUAUGUCACAAAGAAGUUCAGCCUGGACGUUGUGUUUGAUCUUCUUCAAUGCACACCGAAACUGCAGUCGCUCGUUUUAAUUUUAAUUGAGUACAAAAAGCGACUGCGUGAUGAGGAUUUCAGCGAGGGGGAGAGUUCAUCUUCCUUGGAGAAUCUGGAAAGAAUCCGGUCGGCGUUGAUAAAGAAGCUAUCAAAGACCGUUCAAGUAGCUGUAAAUAUUAUGUUUGAAGGGGAAUCUGAAGGGGAAGUUAGAUGCAAUGGUGAACUUUUUGUCAUAUGAUCUUAUAGUCACAAGUUCAAAUAUAG